GGGGCAGAGACGGCCGUUGAUGUCAGUGAAUGGAAGGAGCUAAACUAGUCAUGAGCUUAGAUGCCUCAGUGACAUUUCAUAUCUAAGGUCUAUAUUCAGCAACUAAGGAGGCAUUUCAAGAGGUGUGUAGAAGAAUCAGCGGUCAGCAUCAUGGGUGAACCACAGCAGGUUAGUGCCCUGCCUCCUCCACCGAUGCAGUACAUUAAAGAGUACACAGAUGAAAACAUCCGCAAGGGUCUUGCUCCUAAGCCGCCUCCACCCAUCAAAGACAGCUACAUGAUGUUUGGCAACCAGUUCCAGUGUGAUGAACUCAUCAUCCGGCCGCUGGAGAGCCAAGGCAUUGAGAGGCUCCAUCCUAUGCAGUUUGACCACAAACGGGAGCUGAAGAAGCUCAACAUGUCCAUUCUUGUGAACUUUCUGGACCUGCUGGACAUCCUUAUCAAGAGUCCUGGCAGUAUAAAGCGCGAAGAGAAGCUGGAGGACUUGAAGCUUUUGUUUGUACAUAUGCACCACCUGAUAAAUGAGUAUAGGCCACAUCAAGCCAGGGAGACAUUGAGGGUGAUGAUGGAGGUACAGAAGAGGCAGAGGCUGGAGACAGCUGAGAGGUUCCAGAAACAUCUGGAGAGGGUGGUGGAGAUGAUUCAGGGGUGCCUUGCCUCGUUACCUGAUGACUUGCCACAGAUGGAGGGUCCGGAUAGUGUCAGUGAUGGGCCAAGGAGUGUGUCUGCAGGAGCUGGCGUUGGUUCAUCUGGACCGGCCCCCAGGCUGAAAACGGAGCCAAUGGAUGUAGAGGAGGCAGGUGCCAGCUGUAUGGCAGCAGGUCACCAGGACAAGAACAUCCCUACUUUAAAGAAGGGCAAAAUGUUGGACAAGGAUGCUGCCAUGUGCAAUAUAAUCGAUGAAAUUGCUUAAGUUAUCUCUUGAGUAGUCGUAUUUCUUUUUUUGUACGCCUAAACUGUUUAUUUUUUUGUAUGCUGUAUGUACAUAGAGUAUGAAAACAAUUGCUGUGUUUUCACUGGGCCUGAAAUGCUAUCUGGAGUUGGAUGGGGUUUUAUUUAAAAGCCAUUUUGUAGAUAUUAUUAAUGGUCCCUGUGAAGAUAUUUGAAUGUAAAUAUUACACUAACCAACCUUGCUGGCAACUUUUCGUUUUUGUAAUAAAACCAAUAAAGACAUUUUCAAUUCCAGUAGAAGUGCAA